AUGGCCGAGCCCUUCCCUCAACUCCUCAUCGCUGCAGCCCGCCAGCACCUCAGAAUCGGGAAGAAGAAAGUCUUAUCCCGCUCAGCCUCCUUGAAUCUCGCUGGCGAGAUACUGGCUGUAGCCGCUGGCUUGAAGCCAGCCUUCCUGUACGAUUACAAUUCUGCUGGGACUUCUCAGAUCCUAAGCUACGUUCAGCAGCUUCAGACCAUCAAUCCGUUUGGAUGCCGGCUACACAUUCUGAGCAUAGCUGAAAAUGUUCUGAUUGUCAACUUGGGGCUGAUGCUGCUGUGGUUGGAGACAAUCCUGCUUAAGGACAACAUCCCCUUUGUUGACGUUUCUGCUUCCAGGACAUGCCCUAGCCUUUGUGAUCUGGAAGACGUGGGUCUCAUCAAAGGUCACCUGUCAGAGAUACUGAAUCAUAUUAAAGCCCAGGCAGCAGACACAUCUCAGAUGCUUUCCUCCAGUGCGGUCUUUUGCUCAAAGUGGAAUCUAUGCACUCUCUUUGGUGUCUUGCUGGGCUAUCCUGCUGCUUACAGUUUCCCUGUUCAGAAGAGCUUUGACAAUUGCCUUUCUCUGACCCCACUGAGGGUGUUCACUGUCCAAGCCACGUUCUGUAAGAUAAGCAACGAUUUUAGAGUACGCUUUACUCCUUUAGCAUCCCAGAUCUCUUGUAUCCCGUCAUGA